UGGCCCCAUCGAAGUGAUCAAUGAUUUCGCCAAUGUCCAGUUGAGGAACACACGCGUUUUUAGCCGCAGAAAUUUUUUUUGGCGGCAUAAAUAGACUCUACGAGAAUUGGGAAUAAAAUCAUCACAUCAAAUAACUAGCAUUGUAUUAUAUAAAUGCUUUUACACUUAGAAGAGUAAUACUACUGUUGUUGAUAACAAUGUCAAAUAUAGACUCAAUUAAUAUCAAAGAUGAAUUCAGCAUCAAGGAAGAGGCAGAAGAUUUGACAGAUAAUACCUUGAAUUUACAAAAUAAUAUUGACAUCAAACACGAGCCUAUAAAUCUUUAUAAGGAAGAAAACUUAGCAGAGGAUGGGAAUAUAUUUGCAGAUCAUGAAAUCAAGGAGGAAAUGGCCAUAGGACCUGUGGUUUUGCAGUAUUCUGGCAUAUCUCAAACAACCUGUGUCCAGAACACAUGUGACAAAGUGACCAAAGAUUCUCAAUCUAAACUGGAGCUCUAUAAGUGUAACAUUUGCCAUAGAAGUUUUAAAAGAAAACAAAAUCUUAAAUUGCAUGUAAUGGGUCAUACUGCUGAGGUACCAUAUAAGUGUGAUAUAUGUAGCAAAAGAUAUAAAACACAGUAUCUGCUUAAAGUACAUACAAAAACUCACAAUGCAGACAAACCUUAUAAAUGUGAUACUUGUGGCAGAUCCCUUACCAAAAAAUCCUCUCUUAAUGUACAUUUAAUGAUUCACACUGGACAGAAACCUAAUAAGUGUGAUGUUUGCAACAAAACUUUUACAAAAAACUCCCUGCUCAAGAAGCAUGUGAUGACUCAUACUGGGGAAAAACCGUUCAAAUGUGAUAGUUGCCACAGAUGUUAUACAACAAAACCUCAGCUUAGAGAACAUAUAAAGACUCAUACUGGAGAGUCUCCAUAUAAGUGUGAUACAUGUAACAAAUUUUUUACAAGAAUACAACAUCUUAAGACGCAUAUGAUGACCCAUACUGGAGAUAAACCUUAUAAGUGUGGUAUUUGCGACAUAUAUUUUGUUACGAAAUAUAAUGCCACAACGCAUGCAAUGCUCCAUACUGGAGAAAAACCCCACAAGUGUAAUUACUGUAAAAAAGGUUUUGUUAGAAAAACACAGCUUAUGAGACAUUUAGUGACGCAUGCUAAGAAUACAUAUUAAUAUUAUUAUAAAAAG